AUGGAGGAUACUUUGAGUGAUGCAAGUAUCUCGCCAACGAGUAGCCCUCCCCCUGUUAUGGAAGUGCAAGAUGUUGAAACACAUUCCUCUGAAAAUCAUAGAAGUUCCUCACAUUCCCAACAAACCAAAAAACCUACAAAUCAAUCUAUUGUGUGGGAGCACUUAAAAAAAGUGGAACCAAUUGACAAGGAUAACCUUAAAGCUAAGUGUAAUCAUUGUAGCAAGUUGAUAGGGUGUCACUAUAGGAGAAAUGGUACUUCACCCAUGAUGACCCACCUUACCCAUGGUUGCCCAACAUCUCCACUUUUGAAAUCAAAAUUAUCCAAAGGCCAAACUCUGUUGCAAAUGUCACUUAAGAAAUCGGUCGAAGGCACUACUAGCAACCAAUUGGGAUUCAAGAAGUAUGAUCCAGAAAUUUUAAGGAAUGGGUUGGCUGAGUAUUUCAUUGCGAGUGAGCUGCCUUUUAGGCAUGUGGAGAGUCAUUCGUUUAGAAAAUGGAUGAAUUUAGUUGAACCUAGGUUCAAUGUACCAAGUCGUACUACUCUACAAAAAGAUUGCAUGAAAGUGUGUGAAAGAGAAAAGCUUACGUUGAAGAGUGUUUUGCGUGGUAAAAGGAUUUGCAUCACUACUGACACAUGGACAUCCAUUCAAAAUUUUAACUACAUGUGUGUUACCGCUCACUUCAUAGAUAGAGAUUGGAUACUACAUAAGAAAAUAAUCAAAUUUUGUCUAAUUUCCAAUCAUUCGGGUGAGGAAAUUGGAAAAAUGUUGGAGAGUACAUUGCGAGAGUGGGGGAUUGGUGGUGUUUACACUAUUACAGUUGAUAAUGCCUCGGCCAAUAAAUUGGGGAUUGAAUAUUUAAAGAAGAGGUUGAAGGAUAAGAAUUAUACUGUUUUGGGAGCUGAAUUUCUUCACAUGCGGUGUGCUGCUCACAUUUUAAAUCUUGUUGUACAAGAAGGCUUGGAUGAGUUGGAUGAUUGUAUAGAUAAUAUAAGGAAUGCGAUAAAAUAUGUGAGGUCUUCACCGUCUAGGAUGGCAAAGUUCAAAGAUUGUAUACAGCGGGAAAAUAUUACAUGUACGAAGACGGUGUGUCUAGAUGUUAAAACUAGAUGGAACUCUACAUACUUAAUGUUGUGUACCGCUGAGAAAUACGAAAAAGCUUUUGAGCUACUGGGUGAAGAAGAUCAUCAGUUUGUUGUUCCUUCUAUGAUUGAUUGGGAAAAUGCUAGGGCAUUUGUGAAGUUUUUGAAAACUUCUUUUUGA